CCUAUCUCCUUUUGAUCACUGCUGAAGGAAGGUUAGCCAUUGUUGAAUGUGUAUGGCUCGUCAUACACUUAGCGUCUGUGUUUGGCUUGGAAGAACGGAGUAAAAAGGCAGAAACGCGUGUCACGCUGGUCCCGGUGUUUCAUAGAUCAUCGUCUGUUGACGCGUUGUGAGUUCUGAUACAAAGAGAAACAUUUCCUGUUCAGUUUCAGGAGGUGACACUGUUCAGUUUUGAAGCUGGAGUCCAGCAGCAACCGAUCACAGCUCAAGAUGCACGUGUUUCCUGUGUUGAUCUGUGUCAUGUUACUGAGGCUAUCGGAGGGAGCCCUCAUCUUCAACUACCACUCCAAACCAUACGACCAAGGCGCUCUUGAUGAGUACAACGUCCUUCGAUUCUUAGGAGUGUCGUCGCCAUACGUCCAGCACCCGGGCUUUGGUAUUGGCAGAGCUACGCCUAAUGGAUGUGAAGUUACUCAGAUGAACCUAAUCUCUCGUCACGGUGAGAGGUAUCCAACCACAAGCCAAGGUCAAACGAUGGAACGGAACUUGGCAAGGUUGAGGUUCAAUAUAACGGAACGUCUUGAUGGACCUUUAUCGUUCUUACCCACCUACGAUUUCGUUGCAUUGAAUCCGGAGCUGUACGAACAGGAAACCACCAGUGGACCAUACGCUGGGCUUGCAGAUAUGUUCUCAUUUGGGGAGACUAUGAGGUACCGUUAUGACCACUUAGUCAGGGAUGCUUCACAGCUGAAGUUCUAUCCCUCAUCUCAGAAGAGAAUUGUUGAUUCUGCAACGUGGUUUGCCCAUGGAUUCAUGGGCUCCAGCUUUGACAACUCCUCUAUCAUCCCUAUCGACGAGUUUACCAAUAUGACAGGAGCGAACUCAUUAACACCUGUCAAUUCAUGCCGAAACUACAACAGCAGGGCAGAGAUCGAUACUAUUAGUCGAUAUUCAAAGGAGUUUAUGAGUGACGCUGCGAAGAGAAUGAACAAAUCCACACCAGGGUUGAACCUGACCAGUGAUGAAGUGUGGUCCUUGUUCACACAUUGUGGAUUCGACCUGAACAUCCGUGGUGUCUCCACGCUUUGUGAGAUCUUCACCGCAGAUGAACUUAUCUCCUUUGCGUACCUUUACAACGUCGAGACGUACUACGGACAAGGCCCAGGUCAUAAUAUGAGCAUUGCCAUUGGAUCACCAUACGUCAAUGCCAUGAUCAAGAUGCUUGAUGACGACACGAGGAACCUGACAAUGUCCUUUGCUCACGACACAGACAUCUUCUUUAUCCUGUCCACUCUGGGUUUAUAUGACGGAAAUGGGCCUUUACCUGUCGACCACCUCGACUUGAACAACGCAUGGAGAGUGUCUGAUCUGAUGCCAAUGGGAUCAAGGCUGAUCAUGGAGAGAUUAGAAUGCUCUGGCAACAAGUACGUUAGGUUCAUCCAUAACGAUGCCGUCAUACCAAUUCCCACGCUGAACAAGGGCCCAGGAUUCAGCGCACCGCUAAAGGAGUUCAAGCACUACAUUACAAAGCGACUAGGUGACACCAGCUAUGCCAGCGCCUGUGGCAACCCAGAUGACCUGCCUAAUGAGCUGACAUUCUACUGGGACCACUAGCACUUUAACACCAGUUACACUACUCUGCAAUCGAGUAUAUACGCCCGAUGUUGGCACCCCG